AUGAACGCCGGCGGAGCCACCGUCAUCCGAUCCAUCCUCGAUAAACCUCUCAACCAGCUCACCGAAGAUGACAUUUCGCAACUCACCCGCGAAGACUGCCGCAGAUUCCUCAAAGAUAAAGGGAUGCGCAGGCCUUCCUGGAACAAAUCUCAGGCGAUCCAGCAAGUUAUUUCUCUCAAAGCGCUUCUUGAACCUACCGACGAUGAUUCUCCUGCACCGGUUUCCUCCGCCAUACACCGCCAUCACCACCACCACGCUCAACCACCUCAAGGGAAUUUGAGUGAAGCUGCUCCGGUGAAGGGUUCGGAUCCCGAUGAGACCGGUGUUCGGGCUGUUGAGGAUAUUCAGAAAUCGAUUUCACCUGUUGCAGAUAAACCUAAUGAAACAAAUGAUGCUCCUGCCGGGGGGUGCGCGCCUAGUGGGUCAUUUGGACAAAUGACAAUUUUCUACUGUGGUAAGGUGAAUGUCUACGAUGGAGUCUCACCGGAUAAGGCACAGUCAAUCAUGCAACUUGCUGCAAGUCCGACCCUGUUUCCUCAAGACAGUCCUUUAAAUAAAAAUGCAGCAGUUUGGGCUUCUUCUUGCAACAUACCGAUUGAUAAAGAUGUCCUCUACCCCACUAACACAGCAAUCCUUCAAGUUUCUCAAACAGAUAAGAUGGUGGAAUAUCCUCUGCAAUACAGGGAGAAAGGGAGCACACUUCGAGAUGCUGAUGUAGAGGGUCAGGCAAGCAGAAAAGUGUCGCUGCAGCGAUAUCUUGAAAAGCGAAAGGACAGGGGAAGACCGAAGGGAAAGAAACUGACUGGCAUAACUUCAUCUAACUUUGAGAUGUAUUUGAACCUUCCAGUGAAGAUCCAUGCCUCAAAUGGGAACUCAAGCCGUAGUAGCACUGACUCUCCACCACAGACUAGACUUCCUCUAGUUUCCAGUGGCUCAGCUGACAACCAGCCGAAAAUUGCCCUUCCUAUUGAUCUGAAUGAUAAAGAUGUUCAAGAAUGCUAA